GCGGCUUCAGAACGCCAACGAAACGCGUCGACGACCAUCUUGAUUCCUGGCCUAGAUGGGUGGCUGAGCGCGCAAUGCGCAAGCGCCAUCCGCGGUUGUUUUUAUCCCAAUCCCACCCCUAGGCAUUCGCCUUUUCCGGCUCGCCGGCUUUUUUUUUUUUUCCCCCGGAAAGGGCUGGGCCUCCGGAGGAAGGGGGCGGAACCAAGGGCGGAAGCUAGUUCGAGCGCGGCGCGUGUGAAUCGGGUUGCUGUCGAGUGGCCGGCGCUGAGGGCUGUCCUCGGAGCCUGGUCCGGCCCGGCCUAUACCCGCUGCUCAGGGCCCCUCUCGCCCUCCGAGCUUUGGCAGGAUGGCCCCCAAGCGUCCGGCGGGCCUCGGCAAGAGGAGCGCCCCAGCCCCGGAGCCUCCCACGGCCAAGAGGCGGUGUGUGCGGACCACCGGCCGCAGAGGCCGGCCGCCAGCCCGGGGCUCUGGCAAAGGGGAUGCUGCUGGGGUAGGCUGGAAACAGCGUGCAUUGAUUGGUCAAAGGGAAUCCCCUUAUAGCAUCAUUUGGGCUCUCCACCAACAUAUCCUGGGAGCUCCUCAGCCAUCAUUCCAUCAGUGUCUUCAGAAGGUCUUUUUGCACUCUUUGGGAUCUUAUCGACUUUUCCGCACCGCCAGUCCCUUUGAUCGGAGAACAACCUGCCUGGAAUGGCACCCAACUCACCCCAGCACUCUGGCUGUGGGCUCCAAGGGGGGAGACAUCAUCCUUUGGGACUAUGAAGUACUGGAUAAAACCUACUUCAUUAAAGGGAUUGGAGCUGGAGGCAGCAUCACAAGCAUGAAGUUCAACCCUCUCAAUACCAACCAGCUGUUCAUUUCCUCAGUGGCGGGUACCACCAGCCUCAAGGACUUCCUGGGCAACACGAUUACCGUCUUUACGAGCACAAACACCUGGGACUACUGGUACACCAGUGUGGACGUGUCUGUCAAAAGUCGUGUGGUGGCCACCGGAGAUAGUAUGGGCAAUGUGAUCUUGCUGAACAUGGACGGCAAAGAGAUCUGGAAUCUCAGGCUCCACAAAAAGAAGGUGACCCAUGUGUCUUUGAAUCCUCUCUGUGACUGGCUGCUGGCCACAGCCUCGGUGGACCAGACAGUGAAAAUCUGGGACCUGCGCCAGAUCAGAGGGAAGUCGUCCUUCCUCCACUGGAUGCCUCAUGAGCGUGCUGUCAGUGCAGCUUAUUUCAGUCCAGACGGGACCAAACUCCUGACCACAGACCAGCACAGUGAGAUCCGGGUGUAUUCUGCCUCCCACUGGGCAUGUCCCCAGCAUCUCAUUGCUCACCCGCAUCGCCACUUCCAGCACCUCACGCCCAUCAAGGCAACAUGGCAUCCUCGUUUUGACCUCAUCGUGGUGGGCCGCUAUCCAGACCCCAACUUUGCAGGAUUCACCCCUCAUGAGCCUCGGACGAUCGAUGUAUUUGAUGGAAACUCAGGGAAGAUGGCGUGCCAGCUUUAUGACCCAGACUGCUCCGGCAUCAUCUCGCUAAACAAGUUUAAUCCCAUCGGGGACACCCUGGCCUCUGCGAUGGGUUACAACAUUCUCAUCUGGAGCCCCCAGGAGGUUGUGCGCAGGAAGCAGGAGGGGCUGAUGAAGGCAAUGAAUGAGCACGGCCUGGGGAGGGGCCGCUCGGUUCACCAGCCCUCCCCUCGGAACCGACCGGGCCAAAACUAGCCAGCGGAGGCGGCAGGACCUGGGCCCAGAAGAGCAUGUAAGCACCAGAGAAGGCCCCGGGGCCCCCUCAGGCCAAGGCCCUUUGCCCUGGAUGCCUGGAGGGCUCUUCCCCUGAGUCUGGCUAGGGGGCUGGAAGUUUAAUUUGGGUUAUCUCACUAUUAAUAAAGUUCUAUCCACUUUGGAA